CUAGGGUUGGUCAUCACGGUUCAGUCGGAAAACUAGAAGCAAAUUAACAAGAUGGCAGCGGCACCGGAAUGGCUGACCCACGACUAUAUUGAGCAUGCACUUCGCUCCCACUACAAGGAUCAAGGACUAACUAUAACUCAGCUGCAGAUUAAUCCCGCUUUGGGACCUGGUGAAAACUACGGCGGUGUUCUGACCCGUGCUCGAGUGGAGUUCACACUGACGAACAAGGAGAAAAAUGUGCAGAACCUGAUUGUGAAGACGGAAAUCGAUGAUGACGAGUUGACCCAGGAGCUGAUGGCUCCGUAUGAUAUCUACAACCGCGAGAUGACCAUCUACCAGGAUGUGCUGCCCAAGUGCAGGGAGCUGCUUAAUGAAAUCGGAGAUACCGAAAGACUAUUCCCUACCGCCAUCUAUGUGGAUCGCGAGCGUAUGGCCAUUAUCUUCGAAGAUCUUUCCGUGGCGGGUUAUGUAAUGGCCGAUCGAGUGCGUCGCCUCAACGAGGAGCACACCCACCUCAUCCUGCGGAAGUUGGCCAAAUUGCAUGCCGCCACAGCGGUAUUAAACGAGAGGGAAAACGGGUGUCUCGAAAGCUACGAUCGCGGCUUCUUUAAUCGCUAUACAAACGCGUAUAGUGGCUACUUUGUGGGUGGUCUGCUGGCCGCCGCCCGCUGGAUGAGCAAGGUGCCCACGUUGGCCCACUACGGAGAGAAGCUGUUUGCCUUGGCCCCGCACUACAUGGACAUCGGCAGGGAGUGCUUCGCACCCACGCCGGGUCAGGUGAAUGUCCUGGCCCAUGGCGAUGUGUGGACCAACAAUGUGAUGUUCAAGUACGAUCCGACUACGGGACGACCCGUCGAUGUGCUGCUCAUUGACUUCCAGUACUCCUUUUGGGGCUCCCCCUGCAUCGAUCUCCAUCACCUGUUCAAUACUUCUCUGAAGGAGCCACUCCGCAGAGAUCAGCAGAAUGGGCUGUUCCAGUUCUACCACAAGAUAUUCACUGACUCGUUACGGAAGCUUAACUACCGUCAAAAUCCGAUUCCCAGUUUGCAGCAAUUCAAGUUGCAGGUGGAGCAAAAGAGAUUCUUCGCUUUGCAUUCUACGGUAGUGGUGCAGCCAGUUAUGAUCAGCCAGGAUCCCACGGAUGCCUGUUUCAAUGCCUUGAUGAACGACGAUGAGCGUGGCACUCGGUUUAAGAACCGAUUAUAUAACAAUCCUACAGUGCAACAAAAUUUACAUUCGCUGGUUCCCUUCUUCGAUAGAAAGGGACUGCUGGAGGUUAAUCAAACCUGCUAAGAGGUUACAGGGAUAUCUUUAUGUGUUUUAGGUUUAAUUGUAAUAAACGUUCUCAUUUUAAAUUA